AUGUCAUUUGCUAUGAUCGACAUGCGACAUGUCCGACGUAUGUUAUACGGAAAUUUAUACCUUGUACCGGAUUCCACUUAUUCAAUCAUAAAUUUCUUGAAUAAAGAAAUUUAUGAAAUUGAUAUUAGUGUGAAAAAUUUACAAACCAAUAAUUCGUCACUUAGCAUCAAUAAAAAAUGUAUUCUCGAAAAUAACUUCUUUCCUUUGCACCUUUCAAAAGUUCAAAUUCAUGACUAUGAAACGAGGACAAUUCCUUAUGGAAAAAUGAAACAAAAUUAUGACGUUGACGACAAGAAUGAAAAUAAUCAUAAUAUUCAUGCAAAAGUUAUGUUUAAUUUCUGGCAUCAAUUUCUCGGUUGA